AUGCACUCCGAGUUUGGCUUGCUUUUUCUCAGUUCGGGCCAAAUUGCAUACCAGCUGGGCUGCAACGAUGGAUUCGUCCUCGAAUCGGUCUUCAUCGUUCUCUACACGCUUGCAGCUGCCUUCAUCCAUUUCCCUUUCUUAACCGAUCAAGCUUCAAAAUCAAAGCUCAAACUACGAAAGGAUGGCCACAGCCGAAGCGGCGCCUUGCUGGGUCUUCUCCUUGUGCCCUUCGUACUCGCUGCGAAGCUGCACCUUGCCCACUCCACGCAAACCCAAGAGCCAACGCCGAACGUCGAGUACUACCAGCUCUACUUGUGGCUCAGCUUGGCGUGCGGUGUAUGUGCCAUCGUGUACGGAGUGUUGGCCCACCACAGCGUCGCCCUGCUCGCUGCCCUGGGCACAGCGUGCACUCUUCCCUACCUCCUCACCUCCAUUCUCUCCGGCGUUGGCUGGCUCACCGCUGCCCCUCCGCUCGUCCUCUUCUGCCUGGCGCUGUGGGCUCUGCUCACGCACUUCCCGCGGUCCUUCACCUUUGGCGAAGCUGCGGUGCUCGCGCAGGCCUUCUCCCUCUUCGUCUUCGAUGCUUUGUAUUUUACUCUCGCCUUUCUCCAACCUCGAGAUGAGGUGCAGAUGUUUCUCACGGGCCUCAUCCCCGGCAUCCUGCUCUGCGGUACUGUGCUCUUCUCCACCAUCCGCAAGAGCGCUCAGUUCUCGCGGGAACGAGACGCCUUCCUAUACUCCAAGACCAAGAACGCUGGACUCGACAAGGGCUGGCAACUGGCCAUUGGCUUCUACGCCGGCACGCUGGGUAUCGUCGUGCUGUUCAUUCACCCCUGGCUCUCCUACAUGAUCAAUGGAAGGGAACCCAUCAUCUGGACGCUGCGCUUCGUGUUCGGAGAACAGAGGCGAAUAUUCAUGUGCGUCUUUUGGGUGGGCGCACUCGGCGGCUGCCUGGCGCUGAUCGAAAAGCUCAAGCUCAUGUGGCCUUCCAUUCCGAACAUCCUCGUGCGCAAGUACUUCCACGCCCUGUCGCUACUCCUCUUCAUUCCCGCCAUCCUUCUCGAGCUCCAAUUCAUGAAGUUGAGUUUCGGUGUGGCGCUGGCCGGCCUGAUCUUUGUCGAAUAUUUGCGCUUGGGCAAGAUAGCUCCUCUAGGUGAGAAGAUCGACAGCUUCAUGCGCACGUUCAUCGACGAGCGGGACGCGGGCUCGCUCAUUCUCACCCACCUCUACCUCCUGGUGGGUUGCGCUGCGCCCGUGUGGCUCUACACUCCCGCCAAUCCCAGCGAAGAUGCCCACUUCCUGCUGCCCUACCUGGGUGUGCUUCUGGUGGGCCUGGGCGACUCGUUCGCGUCGCUGGCGGGGAUGUACCUCGGGCGGAUUAAGUGGCCCCACACCAAGAAAACCGUCGAAGGCACCAUGGCGGCUGUGGCGGUGGUGCUUCUGGCGGGGCUGCUGCUUUCGCUAUGCUAUCCAUUCGUCAGCUUGUCUCUUGGCCAGUGGCUCGGCUUCGCGUGGGCGGUGCUGUGUGGUUGCCUGUUGGAGGCCUUCACCACGCAGAUCGACAACCUGGCGCUUCCGCUCUACGCCUAUGCCGUGCUGUGCUUCUCACUCGCCGCGUAA